AGAAAUCCGUUUAAAUUCACUAGACAAGCAACUUCUUUUUAGAGGCACUACCGCCGCCGUAGUGUCUGAGAUCUGGCGCACAUCCAGGUCUCCACUCUCCUGUGUAACUAUUGAGCGGUUCUCUCACGUAACCAGCAGCACCUUCGCAGACACCACGGUGCGCGCACGCACACGCACUUGCAGACAUUCAACCACCACGGAGGCUGAACAUUGGGGGCUGACACUGGCAACUCGAAGAAACGAGGGAAAGAAAACUACCAGUGACAUUCGCAUCACAGUCCAGCUUUGCACAUCCGCUCCAGCUGCUAUCGCAUGCGAAGUCAGGAGGGAAAGAAACAAUGACAGAUAAAUAAGUCCGAACCCGUUCUUAGUUAAGUUGCUUUGAAGCGAACGUUAAAAAAAUCUGUCGCUUGAUUCUUCUCUAUUUCAUGAGUCUUAGUGUAUCUAAUGACGACUGUUGACAUCAAGCUCUUAAGCUUGUAGCUGACGACCGGAGCAGGGGCAGAAAAAAACGAUGCUGGAUGGAUAUCAUUGGACACAAAAGCGUCUAUACAUCCCUUUAUCAGUAUCAGUCAGCUUCGCAGUCCGCUCAGCCCCGCCCCUCAGCUCUGACAUGGAAGGGAGCGAUCAUCCACUUAGGAGGACUCUUCACAGGCUGAAGUUAAUGAGUUCUCCCAGCCUCAGCGAACUGGGCAAGAGCGAGAAGACAGCGUUGGAGGAGAGAGGUACCCAGCAGAGAAGAGCGGGGGCCAAUGCCACCUGGAACAGCAUCCACAAUGCAGUGAUCUCCGUGUUCCAGAGGAAGGGCCUGGCGGACGGGGAGCUCUACAUCCUCAAUGAGGGGGUCAGGCAGCUGCUGAAGACGGAGCUGGGGUCCUUCUUCACAGAAUAUCUCCAGAACCAGCUUCUCACAAAGGGCAUGGUCAUUCUAAGGGACAAAAUUAGGUUUUACGAAGGUCAGAAGUUGCUGGACUCUGUGGCAGAGACCUGGGACUUCUUCUUCUGCGACGUCCUGACCAUGCUGCAAGCGAUUUUCUACCCUGUCCAGGGUAAGGAGCCCUCUGUGCGUCAGCUGGCACUGCUGCACUUCCGUAACAUUAUCACCCUCAACAUAAAGCUGGAGGAUGCGCUGUCCCGCCCCCGCGCCCGCGUCCCCCCCUCCAUCAUACAGAUGCUGCUCAUUCUGCAGGGUGUCCAUGAGUCUAAAGGUGUGAGUGAUGACUAUCUGAAGCUGGAGUCCCUCAUUCAGAAGGUGGUGUCUCCGUACCUGGGCACACAUGGGCUCUUCUCCGAUGACGGCACUAUCAUGCAGUGCUCCUGUGUGCUGGAGAAGCGUCUCCUAAGGCGCUGGCCCAAGCCCGGCGAGCCUUUGGCUAAGAACCCGGUGGUGCGCUCCAAGAGCUACAACAUCCCCCUGCUGACGCCGGUGGUGGAGUACGACUCGGACGCGGGCUCGGUGGGCAGCGUGGGCAUCCGCCGCCACUCGGUGUGCGAGAUGACCUCGUGCGCGGAGGAGCCGAGCUACUCCAGCCUGGCCCCCAGCACGGACUCUGGCUCCAGGGCCUCCGUGGCCAAGCUCAGCCUGCCCGACGACCAGGACCCCCCCGCCCUGCCCGGAGCCGCCUGCGCCUCGGUCGGACUGUCCCCCCAGCCCUCCCCCUCCAUCUUCUCCGAACUCUCCCCGGGACCCUUCCGCGCGGCCGAGGAGGAGGGCCAGCCGUCCCCCUCCAGCCUGACCCGGAACCCCUCCUCCCUCCCCAGCUGCUCCUCCAGCCCGGAGACCAUCGUCGACCAGAUCCUGGAGUCCAUGGACUCUGAGCCGGAGGGCAUCUUCAUAGACUUCUCGCAUCGCUGCUCAGACCCUCAGGGAUACGGCAGAGACAAUGGCAGACAGAGCGUGGUUUAGAGAGGGGACCCCUCGCGCGGCACGCCAAACUGCCCCCCCCCCAGGACGCACACACCCUCCCACUUUCUACAUCACACAUUUUAUAAAACUUUUUAAAAGCUUUGAUAAACAAAAAGUGUUUUUUGAGGAGUUUGGUUUUUUGUUUCCAUUUUGCUUUCGGUGUUGUUUCUGAGCUGAAUGUUUAAUGAUGUUUAAUUGGUGUUCCCUGUGCUAAUGAGCUCGACAGUAGCGCUGUGAACAGGUCCAGGUCCCAGUCCAGUGAAAAGUAGGUUCUAAUGUGAUUCUGUGUCGGGGAGAGGGAUGGAGGUGAGACAUUGCAUGGGGUUCUAUGCCUGCGGGCCUCUCCCAGUUUAAAGUGUAGGAUUGCUUGUCUUACUUGUGGUGGUCUAGUAUCUUGAUGCAGAUGUAGUAAUCAGGUGUGAAUUGAGAAGAGGGCCUCCCCCUGGCUCUCCUGUGAAACAUUUUGAAAUUUUCCGUCCAAUGGGGUGAGCCAAAAGCCUGAUUGCUUUUUCACCCUUUAUUUGUGACAGACGUUCUGAAGAACUUGGGAUGGUAUAUUCUAAAAUAUAAAUUAUAUAUUAUAAUUAAAAGCAUAUGGAUCCAUUUAAUAUUCUUCAUAUGAAGAUAUAAAUGUUGUUUUUCUUUUUAUGUUAUGGGUCUAGUAUUUAAAUGAAUAUCAUAUUAAAACAUUGUUUUAUGGUGCAUUCUGCCCCUGACCCUGCUAGAAGGUUUAUACAUUUUAAAAACACAAUGUCUGAAUUGUAAGAAUAGAACAGUAUUCAUAUUCAAUUCAGUAUUUAUAUUUUUAAGGUUAUACCAGAUAUCAAUGACAAGCAUUUAAUUAGGAAUACAGUGACUGACAGAUGAAGUAAAUGUAAAUCAUUAUGAUUAAUCGCUUCUAAAUUUAUAAAUAGUUGUUUCUUCCUUAUUAAGUUAGUUGUUGUCUAGUACACAAGAAGUGGUUUUUUAUACACUUUAAAAAUUUUUCAUGUGUUUUAUACAAGGGAGCUAAAAGCGCAUGUAUUUUAGGCAGACAACACUUUUUAAAGUGGUGCAGAGGUUUUUAACAUAGUUUUAAAUACAUUUUUUGUUUCAUCUUGCCAAUUUUUGAUCGGAUUCAAAGUGAUCUUCACUGUAUAUUAUGAUGUUGCUAUCAUUAUUUAUAUGUGAUUUUAUAUUUAAAUUAUGAAAGAAACUUCAAAUCAACAAAUACAAACUCCUGAUAUAAAUCACUCUCACUGUGUACAUUGGCGCUUAUAAUUAAUUCAGUUCCUCCUCAGUCAACACAAUCAUAUUUGAAGGAUCAAGGCUGGUCCUUUGAGGCUGAGCCAUUAUCAGUACACAAGAAUAAACAUGAUAAACUGCA